AUGGGCAGAGCGUCAAACAUGAGUGGCGACUAUGUGGGAGUCAACAAAGCCGAUGUGCUUGACCGAAUGUCACAACCGCAGCAAGCGAUUGACAUGGACUCCAAACUGAAGGACUUGGCCGACAAAACAAAACAGAUCAUGAAAAACUUGGAGGGGCAAACUACGCCACAAACACCUUCAAUUGAUGAAAAGCUAGCAGCCAUGACCACCCCCGAUCAAUGGCUGCACACUCCAGAGGAAUUCAAAGCCUUGGACCCACAAAGUCAGUUGUUUUCGCUUCUUAAACUGACGCGUACACCCACGUACGACUGCAAAGAUCGCGAAGUUCUCGGAGGCAUUGAGGGAGGAGACGGCCAAUGGAACACGUGCUUCGACAGCUGGACUGACACCUGCAAAGUCUUUUCGUUUGGCAUUGACUACGACUUCUCAUGGGACCAAGAGGUGGCGGCCAGAGGCAAAUGCAAAGUGGCAUCGUUUGAUCCCAGUAUGGAGUGGGAGGAGAAAGAUGUCGAUGCGAAUGUCCGCUACUAUCCUGUGGGUAUUGCCGCCAAUGACGACGAGAGCAUUGACGGUGUGCGCAUGCGCGACGGUGUACAGCAGAAGUGGAAAGUGGCCACACUGGGCACAAGCAUGAAGAACCUGCAGGUGGAACGUCUCACUGUGCUGAAAAUGGAUGUGGAGGGCUUUGAGUGGGAGGCCAUCCCUGAAAUGAUUAGCAGUGGAGCCCUCAAACAUGUAGAUCAGUUCAUAUUCGAGGUACACUACUUCCAGCAUCUGUACCAAGGACAGGAGAGUGUCGAGCACUGGUACAACACCGUACGCGCCAUGAGCGAUCAGGGAUUGGAGAUGUUCUACUCGCAUCUCAAUCCUAUGAGCUCGUAUGGUACUAUCAACGGCGUCGAUAGAGUGGCGUGCUGCUAUGAAGUGUCCUUCGUUCGACCGCAGAGCCUUUCAAACCGAUAG